AUGGUUAGGGCAGAUGCCGCCGUCAACAUCAAGGUGCUUCAAAAUGCCACGGCUGCACACUUUGGGUUCAGGCCUACGUACAUGAGGGUAUGGAUGGCGAAGCAGAAGGCCGUUGCCAUCAUCUAUGGGGACUGGGAUGAGUCGUACAAUGAGCUCCCUCGGUGGGAGUUAGGAGUUCAGCUGACGAUGCCUGGCACUGUAGCAAUACUCAGGACUUGCCCUGUUCGAGCUGGGGGACAGCAUGACGAGUCUCAGGCUUAUUUUCAUAGGCUGUUCUGGACUUUCCCCCCUUGUAUCGAGGCAUUCUAUCAUUGCAAACCGUUGGUGAGUAUUGACGGCACCCAUCUAUAUGGCAAGUAUGGGGGAACGUUGCUAGUCGCGAUUGCACAGGACGGAAACUCCAACAUACUCCCCGUGGCAUUUGCAUUAGUUGAGGGUGAGAAUGUUGGGUCAUGGUCUUUCUUUCUCUCCCACCUCCGUGAGCACGUGACACCUCAACCGGGACUGUUAGUUAUUUCAGAUAGGCAUAACGGCAUCAAGGCAGCGCUCGAGGCUCCCGAUGGGGGAUGGCUACCUCCGGCUGCGUACCGGGCGUUCUGCAUUCGACACGUUGCAGCGAAUUUUGCCCUAACCUUCAAGGAAAAAGAUGCCCGGAGGCUUCUUGUUAACGCCGCAUAUGCGAAGACCGAAGUGGAGUUCGACUACUGGUUUGACAUUCUGCGCUCUGAGAAUCCAGCAAUGUGUGACUGGGCGAACCGAAUUGAGUAUUCGUUGUGGACACAGUACUGUGAUGAGGGUCGGAGAUUCGGUCACAUGACGACCAAUAUUUCUGAGUGUGUCAAUUCAAUCCUGAAGGGGGUAAGGAACCUCCCUGUUUGCUCGCUGGUGAAGGCCACAUACGGAAGGCUAGCUGAGCUAUUUGUCCGUAAGGGGAGGGAGGCUGAGGCUCAGAUGGGUACCGGACAACAAUUCAGUCAAUACCUAGUAAAGUGUAUCGAGGCGAACCUGAAGACAGCCAGGUGCUACACGGUGACUGUUUAUGACAGGGAUAACUCGGAGUACACGGUGGCAGAGACGACUCCGACAGGUUCAUUCUCACUUGGUACGUACAGGGGCUCAUUAGGGUCUCAGACUUGUGAUUGUGGAUACUUCCAAGCACUUCAUUUCCCGUGUCCUCACGCACUGGCAUACUGUGCUUACUCACGUCUUACUUGGCAGCCUUACGUCCACCAGGUCUAUCGCCUUAGUUCCGUUUUCGGUGUCUAUCAGAUGGAAUUUACACCUCCUAUUCCGGAGGGUUUCUGGCCACCUUAUGCCGAACCUACCGUUAUACCGGAUCCGAACAUGAGGCGUGCGAAGGAGGGUCGUCCAAGGUCCACCCGCAUUCGCACCAACAUGGAUGAUGCAGAUCCGAACUGGCCAAAGAGAUGUGGCCUCUGCAGGCAGCCAGGACACACUCGUCGGAGUUGUCCGCAAGCCGGACGACCCACCGGGACAGCUGGGAAUUAA